AACAGUAGAACACAAACCCUAAACCCUAUUGUCAUUCUCAGCUCCCUCCUCACUCUCAGGCUUUCAGCGGGAGAACGGCGCUCUCCUCGAUACUCCACUCCUUGUCUCCGCCCUCCUCCAGCUCCGUCGCCAGUGCCACUCACCAGCACGCCGUCUGCGCCUCUAGCACCAUCGUCGCCCCAGCAACCCAGCACGCGUCUGCUCUUCCUCCGACAACGUCUGCUCCUCCGUUUUCCCUCCAGCCCCUCCUACGUGCAUCAGGAAAUCAAAAGAUUUUUUUAAUACUAAAUAAAGAAAAACCAAUAAUUUUCAGUUUUGGUGGAUAAGAAGAGGCUUCAUCAAUGGGUAAGAGGAAGGAAAGGAUUCACAAUCCGGAGCCGUUUGUCCCUGAUGGCACUGAGUCUGUGAAGUCGAAAAAGCGUACGAAAGCUCCCAAACAGCACCAGAAGGAAGCCAAGUUGAUUGCUUCGAACAUCACCUCAAAGAUCAUGAAGGAAGCUUUGAUUCAGCAGAAGGAGGUUGAGGAGGAGGAGGAGGAGCAGGAGCAGAAUGCCAAGAGUUCCUUCCAUAGAAUUGAAGAGCCGCCCGUGGUCAUUGAAGAUGAGGAUGGCGAUAUCGAUAACUUUGAAGGAUUUGAUGAGCCGCAGAGCCACUUUGCUGGAUAUGAAGAGACUAUUAAUGAGGAGGACGAGAGAAUAAUAGAUACUUUCUUGUCAAAGCAGCCGGGUCGGCAGAAAACACUUGCGGAUCUCAUUGUUGAAAGGAUAAAAGAAAAGGAUGGUUCUGUUGCUUUGGAAAAUCAAUCGGUACCUAAAUUGGACCAGUCUGUAAUUGACUUAUACAAGGGAGUGGGGACAAUACUUAGCACAUAUACGUCUGGAAAAAUACCCAAGGCAAUCAAACCCAUCCCUUCCAUGCCACAAUGGGAGGAGAUAUUGUAUCUGACCGAACCUGAGAAUUGGUCACCACAUGCUUUCUAUCAAGUAACUAGGAUUUUUGCUUCUAAUUUAAAUGCGAAAAAGGCAGAACGGUUCUACAAACUUGUCUUGCUUCCAAGAGUGAGAGAAGAUAUAAGGAAAAAUAAAAAGCUGCAUGAAAGUGUAUAUCAUACUCUCAAAAAGGCAUUUUACAAACCUGGUGCAUUCUUUAAGGGAAUUUUGUUACCACUGUGUGAGUCUUGCACAUGCACGGUUAGGGAAGCAGUCAUUAUUGGAAGUGUCAUGGAAAAGGUUUCUAUUCCUUCAUUCCAUUCUAGUGCUGUGCUAUUGAGGCUGCUAAGGAUGGAAUACUGUGGCACCACAAGCUAUUUCAUAAAGAUUUUAUUGGAGAAGAAAUAUGCCUUGCCAUAUCGGGUUGUUGAUGCAGCAGUGGCUCACUUUAUGAGAUUUCUUGAUGACAUUAGAAUAAUGCCUGUUAUAUGGCACCAGUCACUUCUUGCAUUUGUGCAGAGGUACAAAAAUGAGCUGCUAAAGGAAGACAAGGAUAACUUAAGGAUUCUACUUGAAAAGCAAAAGCACAGAUUAAUUACACCUGAAAUUAUGAGAGAGCUGAACCACAGCCGAAACCGAGGUGAAAAGGAGGAAGAUGUCAUGUCAAUUUCUUUGCCGAUGUCUGUGAUUAUCAAGCCCAUCCAAGAAGAUCGUUUUGAUAUUCCAGAGGUUCCAAUGGAGGAGGACUAAGUUGUUGUUGUAUGGAUCUGGUCAUUGCUGUUUUGUUUUUUGGAGAGAACAAGAGUUUGGACUUGCAGUCAUCUUGAAUCAGUGGGUGGCUUUGCAGCUAUAGUAUUACAGUACUGUUGGAUGGUAUAUUAUAUUGAAAGUUUUGCUUCGAGGUUUUGACACAUGGAAAUUCACUGGAUCUACUUAGAACAGUAUCAUUUUCCAUUAGAGUAGCAAAAAUGCAAAAUAUAAUUCAACAUGUUAAAGGCAAAAUUACUAUAAUUUUUUUUUAAUGUCAGUUUUCUUUUAUUUCCAUUUUGAAGGAUAUAUUAGUCCCUAGGGUGGCAGGUGGCUGCACAUUGUGUUACUGCUACCGCCAAUUUUGGUCCAUAACUUGAAUAUUGUUAAAUGUUAUUUAUAUUUUACUUCUAGGCAAACACAACUAUAGAUGAGUGUAAGAGUGUUUGUCCAAAUGCUGAAGUUGUAAUUAAUUGAAGUUUUGCGUGGCAUUGACCGUGCUGAUAUGUGAUGAAUAGACGCAUGGAUAACAUCUGAGAAAA